UUUGACCAGGUGAAUUUUUUGCCAAUCGAGUCCAGAGCGUUCUGUGAGAUGUCUAUAAAGCUAACCGACAAUGCCAUGUGCCAGUUUCGCGUUGCCAAGGUGUUCCAGGAGGCGGAAGAGCAAACCAUUUCCCUGGACUUCUCGCGCGACGGACGACGUCUUCUCACCUGCUACCCCACCAAGAUGACCAUCUACAACUGUGCCCGCCAAGCAACGCUCUGUCAGGUCAACCUCCAACACUACAGGCCGGAGGUGGCCUGUUUCGCCCAGCAGGACACUCGUGCUCUGCACUCUGCCUCAAAGUACGAUUGCGCCAUCCGAUGCCUGGAUCUCGAGACCGGCCAUUGCGUCCGCCUCUUUAAUGCCCAUUCAAGGUCUGCCCAUAUUCUGGUUUCUCAGCCGGGAAGCCAGAACAUCUUCCUCAGCGCCGGUCGCGAUGACCAGAUCUUUGUAUGGGACUUCCGGUCCUCCUCGUACAUUCACCACCUGAAGGAGCUGCAUAGACCGUUGUGCGCCUUUGAUCCGGCAGGACUCGUGUUUGCCACGAGCUCGGGUACGGAGCGGAUCGAGAUCCACGAUGUGCGGAUGCUGGGAGAAGAGCCGUGCCAAAAGUUCGACUACCAGUUCAGUGCCAGCGCGAAGUGGACACAACUGCAGUUCUCGCCGGAUGGAAAGAGCCUCCUCUUAUGCACCGAUCACUCCUGGUGCUUCAGCGUCAAUGCCUUUGACGGGAAGUACAUGCAGUCAUUUACGGGCUUUGGCAACGAUAAGAGGCAGUUCCUAGAGGCCACCUACUCACCGGACUCCCAGUUCGUGCUUUCCGGCGCUGACGCGGGCAGGGUUCAUAUCUGGCGAGCGGACAACGGCAAUCCGGUGGCCGUACUCAAGGGCAACAAUGUGGGAGCGGUUCGAUGUCUGCGUUUCAAUCCCCAGCUUACCAUGUUCGUGAGCAGCGACCAGCUGCUUGUCUUCUGGAUGCCCAUGGCCCAAGGGAAGUACGAAUGGGUGGAUCGUCUCAAACCAGGAGAAACCACUGUCUGGAAGGACGAAGACCAUUCCGGAUUCCACCCCAAAAAAGUGCCUCAACCUAAAUGUAUGCCCAAGCCGAUGGUGGACCUGCAGCAGUUACAUAGGGCGCUCCGCUCCAGUAGUUGGGGAACGAAACCCAAGAGACCCCGGCCCGAAGAAACCUCUGUUGAUCUCACUAAGGACCAGGGUAGUGAGAGUUCGGUGGAAGAGGGCGAAAUAUCAGAUUAAGGACCCGCAGAAGCCGGGGCACUUGGCCAACUCCCCUUAUGCCGGCUGGGAGAGGACUUGCAACCAAUCGUCCCUCUGCUUUCCAGACACAAAUUGUUAAGUUCUGCCAGCAAAUUGCACAGCUGGCUGCCCACCGAGUUGCGAAAGUUCGCCCUUUUGGCCAAGUUCUCUCCUCUGUAUGUUAUGUGCGCUUGAAGCACUGACAAGCGUUUCAUUUAUAGUAGUUUCUGUGGCCAUAGAAAGAAUUCCCUCUCUUUUAAUAUUAAUGAAAUCUUUUGGCCCGAAAAGCCCCAAAUA